AUGCCUGUCCAACUAUCAACAAUCCUUAUAUUUCAGAAUAUAGGGAGAAAACAUCAGUGUUUUAUCCUCUUAACAAAGAAAAACAAACCAUGCUAUGUACCAAAAUUGGAAGAGGGACAAGUCUUAUCUAUUGCAAAUUCAAAAUUUGCAAUUGGACCUGUCGAUAAUCAAAUUGAUUUAAUCUUAACCACUGCUACUAUUUUACCUAUAAAUGUUGUAGGCACAGCUUCGGUAUCAGAUUUAGUACUUACUACGAAUCUUGGUAUACAAUUUGAAUGUACUGGUAAAGAUAAACCAACUGAGAUUCCAAUCACAUUAUUCCAUCCAAACGAAAGCUGCUUAAAAAGCCAGACUACAAUGAAAAUGCCCUGGUCUUCUACAUCAUCAUCAUCAUCACCACAUAUGAUAGCCACGAGAUCUGCAAUCCAUAAAAAAAUUGAACAAUCCGCACCUAUAUCCACACUCAUAGUGACUGAAGAAAUUCAAGUGCGGGAAGAACAGGAAGAAUCUGCAUCUAUACUUAUUACACCUGCAACUAUACCUGCAACUACACCUCCAUCAAAAAAACGCGUAGGCCAUGCAAAAGUUUAA